AUGGCCCAGAUCUAUUUGCUAGUGGCAGGAGUCUGCUCCAUCCCUGCUCACUCUCUUAGCCAGAACUUGUCUGGGAUCCCUAGCCAAGAAAAGACAGAAAUCUCCACAUAUUUGAAGAAGAUGAAAAGGAUCCCCUCUCUGACAUGACUAAAGGACAGAACUGAAUUCCAACUUCCUUGGAAAAGAGAGAAUAUCACGCAAAUCCAGAUGACUUAAGGGACGUGUUACCAUCAUCUUAUGUUCCAGCAGAUGGUCAACCUCCUCAAAACGGAGGGCAGCCGAACCGCUUGGAACAACGCCCUCCUUGAUCAACUACUCUCUAGCCUUGAUCACAGCCUGGAACAACUGGGGAAGCAAAUGGAAGAAGACAAUCUGGCUUGUCCCUCUUUGGCGAUUGUUGUUCAAAGAUAUUUCCAAAGAAUGCAUGACUAUCUGAAAGACAAGAAAUACAGCCCCUGUGCCUGGGAGGUUGUCAGAGUGGAAAUUAAAAGGUGCCUUUCCCUCAUGUAA